AUGUCUGCUAAUAAUAUCAAGGGAAAGGUCGUUGUCAUUACCGGUGCCUCUAGUGGCCUGGGUGAAGCCUCGGCGCGCGAGCUGGCCAAGCUUGGUGCUAAGGUUGUUGUAGGAGCCCGCCGGUUGGAUCGCCUACAGGCGCUCGUCAAAGAAAUUGGUGAGCCCGCACAGGCUGCGGUGAAGGUCGAUGUCACUAAACGUGAAGAUGUCGAGGCCCUCAUCAAGACGGCCGUUGAUCUUCACGGCCGCGUGGACGUUCUGCUCAACAAUGCUGGAUACAUGCCGCUGUCUCUGGUUGAGAAGGGCCGGGUCGACGAGUGGGAUGCCAUGAUCGACAUCAACAUCAAGGGCGUUUUGUACGGUGUCAAUGCUGUGCUGCCCGUUUUCAAGAAGCAAAUGUCGGGUCAAAUCAUCAACGUGUCGUCGGUGGCUGGCCAUGUCGUGUCUCCUGGAUCGACCGUUUACUCGGGCACCAAGUUUGCAGUCAAGGCUCUUAGCGAGGGCCUGAGACAGGAGCUGAAGCCUUACAACGUUCGUGUUCUCAAUGUGUCACCUGGUGCCACCGAGUCUGAAUUGUUCCUUGCCAUUAAGGACAAGGAUGUUCUUGAUAGCUUUGCUAGCAUGAAGCUGGACUCUGUGCCUAACACAGCCUUUACUGAUGCAAUUAUUUUCGCCAUCGGCCAGCCCGAGAACGUCGAUGUGAACGAGAUUAUUUUCCGUCCAACUGCUCAGACACUUUAA